ACUACUUUAUGCAAAUGACGGGGGGCCCCGCGGGCCGGGGGGCGGUGCCCGCGGGUAUAAAGGGGCGCGCGCGGGCCGGGGCUGCACAGGCGAGUGCUCUGUGCUCGGUGCUGCCGCCCAGCCCGGAGCCACCCUGCGAGCGACCACAGCCACCGAGGGGGCGCGGCCGCCAGCCGACCUCACCGCCAGCGACUCCGGAGCCCUGCCCGGCCCGUCCGCCAGCUCCCGCAGCAUGGAGCGCCUGGUGCCCCGCCGCGCCCACCCGCCCGCGACGCGCAGCAGCGCCUGCCGCCGCCUCUUCGGGCCGGUGGACCACGAGCAGCUGAGCCGCGAGCUGCAGGCGCGCCUGGCCGAGCUGAGCGCCGAGGACCAGCGCCGCUGGGACUACAACUUCCAGCGCGACGAGCCGCUGCGCGGCCCCGGCCGCCUGCAGUGGACCGAGGUGGACAGCGAGUCGGUGCCCGCCUUCUACCGCGAGACCGUGCAGGUGGGGCGCUGCCGCGUGCUGCUGGCGCCCCGGCCCCGCCCGGACGGCGCGGGCGCCCCGCCGGCCCCCGCGCCGCCGGCCGCCGAGGAGCCGCGCGACGGCGCGGGCGAGGCUGCGGGGGACGCCCCGGCGCCGCCCAACGGCGACCCCGAGGUGUCUCCCCCGCCGACCCCGGCGCCCGAGGCCGCGCAGGAGACCGCUGAGCCCGAGGCGGGCCCGCCGCCGCCGCGCGACCCGGAGCCCGAGCCCGAGCCCGAGCCCGAGCCCGAGGCCGAGGAGGACGAGGAGGAGGACGAGCCCGAGGACGAGCCGCCGCAGAUCUCCGGGCGCCCGGCGCAGGGCGCCUCCGUGAUCGUCCCCGUGGCGCUGCCCGGGGCCGCCGUGGCCGUGCUCGCGGCCCCCGCCGCCGUGCCCGCCGCCGGGGCCGCCGGGGCCGCUCUGGGCGCUGCCGCCAACGCCCCCGGGGCCCCGGGAGGCGCCGCGGCCGUGAAGAAGCUGCUGGUCGGGCCUCUGAUCUCCGACUUCUUCGCCAAGCGCAAGCGCUCCGCGCCCGAGGCCAAGGCCAACGAGGGGCCCGGCGGUGGCUGCUCCGCCCCUGGCGGCGGCCCCGGCGUGGGCCCCGCCGAGCAGACCCCGCGCAAGCGGAUGAGAUGAGCCUCUCCCCCAGGAGCCCGGGACCCUCUGACCGCGGACAGGACACGCCGCCCCCAGACCGGCCAAUAGCAGCUGCUGGCGAGCAGCGAUCGGUUUUGUGUAAAAGUCUGACAGCCGUGCAAUGUAUUAGUCACUUCUCACCCAAACGUGCCGGCACCGAAGAGUACACUGGUCCCAAGGUGGAAAGCUUUAAGAGUCAUUUAUAAAAAAAGGUUCAAUCUCUGCUGAAACUCAGCGCAAAAAAUGAUGAAAAAAGAGAAAAAAAGGAUAAAAAUGUAUAUUUGUACAAAAAAAAGUUAAAAAAAAAAACUUAUACUAACUUAUAUUUUCUAUUUAUGUCCAGGCGUGGCCGCUCUGCCCGCGGCAGCUUGGCCGCUGGCUUUGCUAAGGCACGCACCCACCACCGGGGCGGGGGUCCCCAGAGAUCCAUCCCACAGGGGCCCCCUGGGCGGGCGCCCACCAGCCCGGCCCGCGUGCCCGCCACCGCGCGCCGCCCACCGCGCGCCGCCCUCCUAGCUUGCAGUCUCUCCCCCCAGCUCUCGCCGUCUGUCUCUGUCUCUUUCUUUCUUUCUCUCUUUCUCUCUGAGUUGAUCCCCCACACCUGACAUCUCUGAGAAAAAGUCCUGAGCCGGCACACCUGCCCGGCCCCUGUCCGCUGGGUCCCAAUAAAGAGGCCAAAAAAUUGCUGCAAA